GGAGUUUGGUUCUCGAGGCGGCGGCAGCAGCGGCAAGAGGCUCCGGCGGCUCCUCCUCCUCCUCCGGUGGCGGCGGCGCCCCGGGCCUCAGCCCCGGCCCCGGCUCCCCCUCUGCCACCCCGCGCGCCCCCACUUUCUCCGGCGCCGCGGGGAACAUGAGGCUCCGCUCCCGGAGGCCGGCGAGUGAGUGACCCCCGUUCCCCACCUCAGCCCGCCCGCCCGCUGGCCCGGCCGCUCCCCCCCCGCCUCGCCCAGGCAAUGACAGCGGCUCCGCCGUCUCCGCAGCAGAUCAGGGACCGGCUGCUGCAGGCCAUCGACCCCCAGAGCAACCAGAUCCGGAACAUGGUGGCGGUGCAGGAAGUCAUCUCCAGCCUGGAGAAAUACCCCAUUACCAAAGAGGCACUGGAGGAAACUCGACUUGGGAAGCUCAUCAAUGAUGUCCGCAAGAAGACGAAGAAUGAGGAGCUUGCCAAGCGGGCCAAGAAGCUGCUGCGGAGCUGGCAGAAGCUCAUCGAGCCCGUGCACCAGAAUGAGGCCACACUGCGGGGGCUGGCAGGCGCCACUGGCUCAGCCAAUGGGGGUGCCCAUAACUGUCGGCCAGAGGCAGGGGCAGCUGGCCCACCCAAGAGCAUCCACGACCUGAAGAACCGCAACGACAUCCAGAGGCUGCCCGGGCAGCGGCUGGACAGGCUGGGUAGCCGCAAGCGCCGGGGAGACCAACGUGACCUUGGCCACCCUGGGCCACCUCCCAAGGUCUCCAAAGCAAGCCACGACUCCCUGGUACCCAACUUGUCCCCCCUCCCCACUAACGGGAUCAGUGGGAGCCCUGAGAGCUUCCCUGGCCCCUUGGACGGCAGUGGGCAUGUGGGCCCUGAGGGCAGCCGCCUGGAGCACAGUGAGAAUGACAAGCACAGCGGCAAGAUCCCCAUCAACGCCGUGAGGCCGCACACUAGCUCCCCGGGCCUAGGCAAGCCCCCCGGGCCCUGCUUGCAGACGAAGGCUGCACUGCUGCAGCAGCUGGACAGGGUGGACGAGACUCCUGGCCCCCCCCACCCCAAGGCACCACCUCGAUGCUCUUUCAGUCCCCGGAACUCACGGCACGAGGGCUCCUUUGCCCGGCAACGGAGCCCGUACACAUACAAGGGCUCGGUGCCCAGUCCCUCGCAGAGGCCCCAGUCGCUUGAUGCCACACAGGUGCCAUCACCGCUUCCGUUGGCCCAGCCGUCCACACCCCCUGUGCGGCGACUAGAGCUGCUGCCCAGUGCAGAGAGCCCGGUGCGCUGGCUAGAACAGCCUGAGGGCCACCAGCGGCUCUCAGGGCCAGGCUGCAAGGCAGGGCUGCCCCCAGCCGAGCCUCUCCUGCCCCGGGCAGGCUUCUCCCCAGACUCCUCCAAGGCAGACAGCGAUGCUGCCUCCUCUGGUGGCUCGGACAGCAAAAAGAAGAAGAGGUACCGGCCUCGUGACUACACGGUUAAUUUGGACGGGCAAGUGGCCGAGGCGGGCGUCAAACCUGUCCGGUUAAAAGAGCGGAAGCUCACCUUUGACCCCAUGACAAGACAGAUCAAACCUCUGACCCAGAAAGAGCCAGUGCGGGCCGACAGCCCUGUGCACACAGAGCAGCCCAGGACAGAGCUGGACAAACCCGAGGCCAAGGCCAACCUCCAGAGCCCUUUUGAACAGACGAACUGGAAGGAGCUGUCGCGCAACGAGAUCAUCCAGUCGUACCUGAGCCGGCAGAGCAGCCUGCUCUCAUCAUCGGGUGCGCAGACCCCAGGGGCUCACCACUUCAUGUCCGAGUACCUGAAGCAGGAGGAGAGCACUCGGCGUGGGGCCCGGAAGCCACACGUGCUGGUGCCUCACGGCCCACCCACGGACCUCCCUGGGCUGAGCCGAGAGGUCACACAGGACGAUCUGGACAGAAUCCAGGCCCACCAGUGGCCAGGGGUGAAUGGGUGUCAGGACACACAGGGUAACUGGUAUGACUGGACGCAGUGCAUAUCGCUCGACCCGCACGGCGACGACGGGCGGUUGAACAUUCUGCCUUAUGUCUGCUUGGACUGACCAGCCCGCGGGCUCUAAGUGCAUUCCCACCUUGCAGUUAGCCGUGGAGGGUGGGGCGCCAGGACCCUGCCACCUCCAGUGGUUGGGAAUCCAGGGAGUCCGGCCUGGGGCGGGAGGGAGGGGGCGAGAGUCUCUAGGUCUCUCCGUGCUCUUCCCUCAAAAUUCUCCUUCUUUUGUGAAAUGCUGCUACCAGUUUACUAACAAAAUUGCAAAGGAAGGACUGUGUGGAAGGAAGGCCAGCAAAGUGAGUUCAGAACUCUAUAGCAAACCAGCUAUAAAAAGCGUUAGUUCCCCACCUCAGAAGAGGUGUGGACGCUGCCCAGCCCCCAUGAGCUGGGACCUCAGUUGCAGGCAGGCAGAGAAAACCUGUGGAAGAGGUUACCUUUAACACAGCAACAGAAGCACGCAUCUCAUCUCUUUGCAUUUUCUGUUUUUUAAUGUGGCCCUGAGUGUUUGAGGCAGUGGGCAACACUGCAGCUUCUGUUUGCACCCCACCUGGCCAGCUUUUCCAUCAUGGUGCCAGAAGCUUCCCAGCUAUAGCAAGCUGCUGGCAUCAGGCAGGCCAACUGGCCAGCAGUUUGACCCACACUCCAUGGGCAUCCACACAUUUGUAUCUCGUUUCAGUUAAAACCCAGUUUUUAAAGAAAUGCUGCAAAAAUUUAAGUUUUCUAGAGUUUAUUUUAUCCCCCUUUUCCAUCUCACCACCAGACGAGUAACUUUACUUUGUUCCUCCCUCUUCGUUUUCCCCUUCCUGCACAAAUCUAGAAAAGUUCACCUUCCUAGAGUCCCUUCCUCCCCCAAAAAAAACAAAAAACAAAAAAAAACAAAAAAACAAAAAAACACAAAAGUAACCGCGGGUGCUACUGGUGUGUAAGCUGUACUGUUGGGUGAGAGGAGACCUGUCUGUACGCUGGAAACACUCAUAACCAUUCCUUUAGAUUCGUUUGCCUUAUGGUUAUUUGUCAUAAACGCGAUUUGCAAAAACAAGGAGCCUUAGUGAAUGUACAGUACCUAGACUUCUGUGUUCUCAGGAUGCAGAAGGGAGCAACUUUGCUAUUUGGUCCAGUAAGUGGACACCUUGUGAUAUAAAUGUGGAAAUAAAAGAAAAAAAAAACAUUUGCACAAA